AACGAUAACCACGCGUGCACGCACCACGCGAUGUUAUGCCCAGAAUAACCAACCAACCACGCAGCCCACUAUGACCUAGCUUCUACGGAAAUUUCCAGCACGCCUGGCUUAAAUUAGUUCAGUGAGUAUUGAACUGAGGCUAGACUACCCGCUAAAGCCGAAAGCAGCGAAAGCUAGAGCAAUCAAUAGCAGCGAAACCCGACUGACGUAGAAGCGACGUGUUUUGUCGAUUCCGAGCUGCUCCGUGCUCUUGUAGCUUCAGGAAAAGGGUGUGUGCUGUUCGCUCGCUGGAACCGAUAGACGUGUUUAAUUACCACCAGGAUGAGCUUUGAGGUGCCGCACGUUAGUGAGCUUCUUGGUGGAGGCCUGACUCCGGGGAAACUCGUGUAUAUUCAGGGAGUUCCACCACCUGGAUCGAGCCGGUUUGCUAUUAAUUUUAUGAGCGGUCAAGAUGGAGAUAUUGGCUUUCACUUUAACCCACGAUUUGAAGGAGGAAAUGUGGUCUGUAAUAGCUGCGUGAAUGGGGAGUGGGGCGCAGAAGAAUCACAUGAAGGGUUACCUCCCAAUUUGGCGGUUGGAGAACCUUUCGAAGUCGUCAUUAAGGGAGAGCCAGAGUGUUUUAAGGUGGCUGUCAAUGGUGCACACUACAUAGAUUUCUGCCAUCGCACCCCCGUGGACACUAUCAAAACUGUUCAAAUUGAUGGAGAAGUAACACUGACAGGAAUUUUUGAAAAAAUGGACGUCAAUGGAACAGUAAGCUAUACGAGUACCAUCCCUGGAGGAUUAGCACCAGGGAAAACUGUUGUUAUUCGGGGAAAGGUACCAGACACAUCUCCUCGAUUUGCGCUCAAUCUCCAAGCUGGACCACCAGGGACGCCGCAGCCUGACAUCGCACUGCAUUUCAAUCCACGAUUUAAUGAGAGAACCGUGGUGCGAAACACUCUGCAAGCAGGAGCGUGGGGCGCAGAGGAGAGGGGUGGGGUACCUCCAAACUUGGUCCCUGGUGAAGCUUUCGAGAUUGCUAUUCUCGUGGAGGAAAACUGUUAUAAGGUGACUGUAAACAGCGUGACCUACACCGAGUUUGCCCAUCGCAUCCCGGUCGACUCUAUCAAUACUGUUGAAAUAGGUGGAGACGUACUGAUAACAGCUAUAUCAUGUUAACGAGGGAAGAACCAAAUCCGCAUCUUCCGGCUUCACGCGUCUAGCCGACGUAAAAACGCAUGCUGAGUUAGUGACGGUAAUUUAAGACACCCGCUUGGAUCUGCAGCAUAUAGCACUGGCUAUUUUAGUUCGCUUCUUCUCGAGACUAAACUACAGCCUAAAAUAGACACCAAAAAUUGUGCUAGCCAAGUAAGCUCUUUGUGUAUUCAAUAAAAUCACAGACUUGCCCAUUAGUGAGAAAUUUAAAAGUUAAACAUUUUAGUUUGCAAACACAAAUUUUUCUUGGAAAUUCACUCUAUUUUGUAUGAUUGCACAAAUAAUAUUUCGUAGUACAUGGAUACGUACGUUCUUAAAGUGAUUACGUAACCAUAAAUAGUAAAAAUAAAUGUUUUUUUUCCACUUUUUCA